UGUUUAUGUUCUGAUUCUCUGCCGAUGGUGGUAAACAACGUUAGCUGUAGCAUUAGCUUUAUUUAAAUACAAAAGUGUAAACAUUUCAAUGUAUUCUGCAAUUAUAUAGAAUUGCACUUACACGGGGAACAUUAUUGCGUCAUGGCGGCCAGCCCCCGAGAUGAUGACUUUGAAGAUUAUGAUAAACCAGGUGCAGAGAGAUCACGCAGGAGGAGAGGCGAAGAUGAUGAUUUAGACAGUGAAUUUGAUGGUGAUUUGCUCGAUGAGGAUUGGCUGACAGCCAAAAAGAAUCCCUCAGAAGUGUCAGAUGAGGAAUUGAACGACGACCUUCUGCAAAGCGAUGACGAAGAUCAAAACAUCGGCCAGGGCAUUAGCCUCAAUGCUACUCUAGGCGAAUUUGACCAGCAGGUGAACCCCGUAGACUACACAGAUGACCUAGGAGAUGUAGAGAGGGGCUACCAGCAGGAGGGGGGAGAGUACGUGGAUGAGUACAGCCAGCCCAAUGACAUGGAGAUGCCAGACGGCCAAAUGGAAUACUCAAGAGAACAGGCCGAAGGCGACGGGAUUUACCAGGACGAAGUGUUAGACAUUCAAAUCAAUGAGCCUCUAGACGAUGAAUUUCAAGUGGAUGAUUACACGGCAAGCUACAGAGAUGGAGAACAACCGGAGCAUCUAGGGGAGCAGGCAGAGCAACAGGAAGCACCGGAGGGGGAAGAAGGGGAAGACUCUCAGCUCGCAGAGGAGGCUGAAAAUGAACCAGAGCCAGAGGAAGAAGUGAAGGAGGAGGAAGACGAGGAUGAGGAGGAAGACGACGAUGGACAGUCCGGUCGGUUGCGUUUCAAAACAGAGCGCAAAGACGUCACGUCUGGCAUUGUGCGGCUGGCAGAUGCAGCAAACAAAAGAAGAAACAUUCCUGAAACAUUAGAGCUCUCUGAAGAGGCCAAAGCCGACCUGAUGGAGUUUGAGGAGAAGGAGCGCCAGAGGAAGCAGGGCCGCUUUGGGGGCCGAGGAGGAAGAGGAGGAGAGAGAGGAGGAUUCAGAGGACGAGGAGGACGGGGGGGGUUCUCCGGAUUCGGGAUGGGAGACUUUGGUGGAGGAAGAGGACGAAUGAAUGACCAGCGGCUCCCAAUGAUGCCACUGCAUAUGGGCAUGCAGCAGUCUCCUGCCAGAAUGCCUCCCCCUCACCACCAAACUCAUCAUCAGCAGCACCAUCGCCAGGGUGGCCCCGGUGGCCCCCGAGGGCCUCUUUUCCAGGAGCACAGUGGGGGCUCGCUGGCCCAGCAGCCCCUGCAACCCCUCAUCCCCCAGCACAUGGCCCACCGUAGCUCUCCCUCCUCACACGGGGCACCAGUCAGGCCCCAGAUGGACCCGCCUCCCCGCAUGAUGAGUCCCCCUCCUUCACACAACCACCCCCACCAGCAACAGCAGCAGCAGCAGCAGCAACCCAAGAACAUCCACAUCAAUCCCCAUUUCAGGGGCCCAGCGUCCUCCCCUGCACAAGUGCCCUUGAUGCCUCCUGCCCAGAGCCAGCCCAGACCUGCUGCGAGUCCUCAGAGGUUCCCUGGAUCAGGGGACUUCCAGCAGCAGCACAUGCCUGGUAAUUUUGGCCAGAGGCCCCCGCAUCACAUGGAGCCCUGGAGGAACCAGCCUCCCCCCGCCCCCCAGGACAGAGAGCCCUUCUUUAUCGGGGACCCAGGGCGGUUCCCUGGGCAACAGCAGCACAUGUUCGAGCACCAGAACCCUGGCUUACUCAUAAACAGUAACAACCAUCAGAUCCCCAGCCAGGGCCACAUGACCUUCAACCAGUCAGGCCUAGGAGGGUUCAACCAGCCAGGCCAGGGUCCAGGGGGCCAGCUAGGGCUGUUCCAGAGAGAGCCCCCCAGACCCAACCUGCCUCCCCAGGGCCACCCCCAGGGCCACCAGGGCAUGGCCAGCCUGACGGGGCUCGGUGGACCCCCCAACACCAGGCCCUUCAUGGGCCACAUUCAGCCCGGGUUUCAGCAGCAGCAGGUGCCCCCCGGGCCCUUCCCCCUGCAGCAGCUCCAGUUUGGGAUGCAGGUACGGAUGAGAGGCUUGAUGCAGCACGGCCCUCCCCACUCGCACCUCCAGCAUCACGACUUGCCUCUCUCCCAUCAACAACAACAGCAGCACCACAGACAGGACCUGUCUCAGCCGCCCCCCCACCACCACUCACAGCACCAGCUCCACCCCAACGAGCAGCGGCAAGGCCCCAUGAUGCACCACGGCGGUGGGCAGGGCCAGCCCCUCUUUCACCAGAUGCAGCAGCACGGCAGCCCCAGACAGACGCACCCUGGCGGACCCCACCCACAGCAACGGAACGCCCCCAUCAGGCCCCGUAUGAACCCUCCUGCACUGAAAGUCCUUCCCCAGCGCAACAGCAACCUCCGCGAGCUCCCCGUGGCACCUGGCAACCAAAACAUGAACAAUGUCCGCCCCGCCUCGGCGCCCAACAUCAGGCCCGUUGCCAGGGCAAUGCAGGCGGGGGUGCGACCGAGCCUGAACGCUUGGCCGGUCCCCGGCGGUGGCAGAGGGAGAGCCCACCCUACUGCUGCCAACAAGGCUGCAGCACAGCUACUUGGACCACCUGAAAGAACGGUGGUUCGCAGGGAUUCCACAGGCACUCAGCCAAACAUAGCAGUACAGGAUCCUGAUGAGGACGAAGAGACGCGGCAGUACCGUCUGAAGAUCGAGGAGCAGAAGCGACUCCGGGAGGAGAUCCUGAAGAGGAAGGAGAUGAGGAGGCAGAUGCAAGCCGGCGUUCGCAAGAAGGAGCUUCUGGAGCGCAUCAACGGCCAGGGUGACCCACCACAACAACAGCAGCAGAGGCAGUUUCCACCUAAACCCCAACAGCCCCAGCAAGGUUCUACAGCCUUCCCUCCUAACUGCACUCCACCGACGCCCCCCGCGCUCCGCCAGAACGUGAAGACCCGCCUGCAGAUGACCAAGGGCCCGGGUCAGCAAGCCCCAGUGCCAGGCUGGCAGGGGGGCCAACAGGGGCAUAACACGGGCCCCGGUUCCAACCCUACCCAGCAGGCCCAGCAACAAAAUCAGCAGCAGAGGAGGAACGUUACCCAACUGAACCCUAUCAGACCAGGGGGACCCACUGCCCUGGGGAACAUGCCCAUGCAGGGAGCCCUGAUGGCAGGUCUGAGUCCAGGCCAGGCCCAGGCUCUGGGGCCAAAGUCAGGGGUGAAGAGAACUGUGAUGCAGCGAGCCAAUAGUGGAGACAGAGCGGGGCCACACAUCCCACAGAAAGUUAGAGUUGUCAAGCUUCUAGGAGGGGGAGCAGAUGUGAGUGGUAUCAGCGCCCCCAUCCAGCAGCAGGCUACCAGGCCAGCCCCCCAUCUCCGCCAGGGCCCAGUGAGAAAGAUAACCUUGGCCAACCCCCCCGGAGGACAGCCCAUACAGGGCCUGGUCACACAGGGGGACAGAGGGGGCCUGGGAAACAGGGUGGUUGUCCCUGGGCGUGGCAGAGCCAGAGGAGCAGCGGGGGCCGGAGGAGCGGGUCAGCUGGGGUGUGGGCGUGGCAGAGCCAGAGGGGCAGCGGUGGCAGGAGGAGCGGGUCAGCUGGGGUGUGGGCGCCUGAUGCCCACCAGACAGAAUCAGCGAGGGGCGGGGACGGGGGACAGCCAGGCCUGCACUGUGUCCAUAGACGGCCUGUCUACAUCCACCACGGAUACGCAGCUCCAAAACCUGCUCAACUCCAUCGGCCCCAUCCAGAUGUUCAAAAUGCUGCCCCAUCAGAGGAAAGCUAUUGCCAAAUUUCACAAUCCCCAACAUGCCCUGAGUUUCCAAGUCAGCUUCAACAGGCAUAUGAUAGAUUUGUCGCACAUUGACGUGUCACUGAUUGACGGCUGAAGCGAGCGGUAGAGGGAGGCGGCGAGCGCCCGGUGCGGGGACGUCGAGUCAGAUGCUUAUUCAACCAUGAGGCCCCCGUGUACAGCUCCUUCAGCUCAAUGUAACCACGUCCCUAUGGAACACUAACCUACACCGUACCCUCAUCCUCCUCACAACAAGCACCCCCAACCGCCUCGCCUGCAGACUGUCUACUGUGGAAAUCCUCAGCACAAAGCAGCAUGUUUUUUUUCUCAUAGUUGAAUUGCUGUCAAGGGGGGGAGGUUCAAUGCCAGUUUCAUGUGACAAUAUGUUCAUGGUCGCCGAGCUGGUGACGUUCAAACUGUGACAGAAGAAAUGUGAGAUAUGAGAAAAGGUUUGAGUAAAAGGUUUGUGCAUCGGGCACUAACGACAACAAGAGGUAGUGGUUGACACUGGGUAAUGGUUGCUCCCAUCCUCGGCUCAGUUGUGAACACCAUCGAUAUCAACUGUUUGAGAGAAGAGUUUUGGAGAUCUGUCUGUGCAUAGGCUAUUGUUUUACGCUGUACCUCAAGAUUUUGCUCAUUUUCUGAACAGGUGUUUUGGAUUCGAGGAAAGCUACUUGAACAAAGCAGGUGUAGAAGAGGAGCGAGGCUUGCCACUACAUCAUUUUCCUUCUGGCAGUGCCAUUUUCCUCCUAUAGAUGGCAGCAUUUGAUAAUGAUUGUGUACACUAUGGGGUGGCUUUUUGGGUAGACCCCUUCCUCAAGCGGCGUUUAGUUUCUGGGUAAAUGGCACUGCCUAGUGGAGAACAUGUAGGAACGUGUUAAAGCCAUUAAUAGAAAUUCUGGUCAAAUGCAGUUUGGGGGUAUGAUGAUGGGGAUGAUUCAAACGUACACAUGCACCAGGUAAUGGUUCCAAGGUUGUUCGAAUAGGAUCUAGAUUGACUGGCCAUACAAAAUAUAGUAAGAUCUUGUUCCUAACAUUAAGACUGGAUAACGUGGAUAAUAGUGUCUAUACGUUAGGUUUUCUUCUGCACUUUAAAGUUAAAUGACGUUCACUGGUAAAGACUGGUUUCAUUUUCCUUCUCACUCUGAAGAGUCCAUUUUGGCCGGUAACGUUACUUGAUCAUUGAGAUUUUUAUUUAGUCUUUUAAUUGGUUAAACACGAAUAGGCCCGCCUACAUUGGUGCGAUCUCAAAAUGGGUUUUAGACAUUAUUUUACUUUUCUGAUGCAUUUUUUUUAGCAUAUUCUGAUUUCAUUGGUACAUCUCACGUUUAGUGGGUGUGCUCCAGAAUAAAUUAUCGUUACAAGUUCUGUUUUAAAGAUUUUCGAUUGGGAUAAUGGUCCUUUGGGAUAAUGAUUGAAAUGCUGAGUAUGGCCGGUAGGCUAUAAAACUAUGCCGACAAUAUCUUUCACAGAUUAAUUGGAAAAAUAAAGACCUUAUGAAGCUUCCCGAUUUUUGCAGGGUACAAUAUUUGACAUUGUAGCAGAUUUGUUUGAGUUGCUAUAAAUUCAUAUUUAUCUGUGUUGGAUCACUGAUACAAUGAAUGUUGUUGGCCGAUUUAUAUUCUGAAAACUAUUGAUAUGGCUCAUUUAGGAACAGUUGGAAGCCUGGUUUGGUCUGGUUUGCAUGACUUUCUGACUAGCUGAUAUUCAUAUAGAGCUUUAAUUUAAUAGUAAACUUCACUUUUGAUUUAAUGGUAAAACAAGGAUACUGGUUUGUUGUUUUUGUUUUUGGCCAGAAUUAAAAAUGCAGUAGCAGUCUUGACAAUCUCAUUGUAGUUUUAGCAUUCUGAUAAGAACACCAAGCCGCAAAAGGAAAGAGGACGUUUGAGUUUUUUUUU